AUGAGCCUCACGGAGAACAUCAACCUGCCGCCCACCCUGCUGUCCAGGUUUGACCUGCUGUACCUGGUGCUGGACAGCCGCACCGAGGCCAAGGACAGGGCGCUGGGCCGCCACCUGGUGUCACUCUUCCAGAGGGACCUGCCCGACAGCUCGCGCCCGCCGUACUCCAUCCAGGAGCUGCGGGAGUUUGUGGCCUUUGCGCGCGCCCGCAUCUCGCCGCGCUUCACGGACGCGGCGGCGGCGGCGCUGGUGGCGCGCUACAAGCAGCUGCGGCGCCAGGGGCGCACCGCGCAGGUUGUGGUGGCGACCCCCCGCCAGCUGGAGGCGCUCAUCCGUCUGAGCGAGGCGUGGGCCAAGAUGCACCUCAGGGAGGAGGUGGUGGAGGGUGACGUCACCGCGGCAUACAACCUCUGGUACGACGCCAUCAGCGUGUCUGCAGCCGACGAGACCGGCCGCCUGGACAUCGACACGCUCGCCACCGGCGCCAGCGCCGCGCAGCAGCGCUUCCUGCAAGAGCUGCCUGGGCUGCUGCGGGAGACACUGGGAGAGCUGUUCCGCCACAAGCCCUCCUGCACCCUGAACGAGUUGAUGGAGGCGUACAGCCAGGGGCUGGCCGCGCAGCAGCAGCAGCAGCAGCAGCAGCAGCAGCAGCAGCAGCAGCAGCAGCAGCAGCAGCAGGACGGGGAGCACGCCGCCGCUGGCGCCGACGGGCGGCGGCGGCGGGUGACGCCGAAGCAGCUGCUGGCGGCGCUGUACCAGCUGACAGACAUUUGCAACGUGAGGGGGGCCGUCAUCACCGCGCGGCGCGCGGGCGGCGGCGGCGGUGCGGCCGGCGGCGGCGGCGGCGACGAGUAG